UGAUGGCUGAUGAUGGUUUGAGGGCGCUUUCCUCAUUGAAUCGUGGAAGUUUUCAACAAAAACAAACCCCUGAAAACAGAUCAUAAUUCAAGGUUUUUCCGUUGUGCUUUGGAAGUUAAUGCGUUGACACUGAGGUUCUGUAACGCAUUCACGUCUCCAGAAACACGUUCACCUUGACCUCUACCACAUUCACUACAGAUCAAAUGAAGUUUAAGAUGACAUUUGGUAGCUGAUGGACUUCACCUGUGUAUUAUAACUGAUUGUUUUAAAAUUCAGUAUCUUGAUUCAGUCAAAUUAUGAUUGCAUUAGUGUACUUCACAUUUUUGGUUUUAAGCACUUUGGCCUUUGGUCUCAAUGUUUUCAUUAAGAAAAGUAAAACUGACGAACAAGUAGGAAACAACCCAAAUUUUGUGCAAUUCCAACAUGCGUAUUUUCUACCAUACUUUUUAGCACUCGCUGCUGAUUGGUUGCAAGGUCCAUACCUCUACAAACUGUACAGCCACUAUGGUUUCCUAGAAUCGCAGAUUGCCAUUCUUUAUGUUUGUGGAUUUGCUGCUAGUGUGAUUUUCGGGACAUCUACAACCGUACUAGCAGACCGCUUUGGAAGAAAAAAACUGUGUAUAACAUUUACAGUUGUAUACUCAAUAUCAUGUCUAACCAAACUGUCAAGAAGCUAUGGGGUUUUGAUCAUUGGACGCAUUCUUGGUGGGAUGUCGACAUCUCUUCUGUUUACGGCGUUUGAAUCUUGGUACGUGCAUGAACACAUAGAGUGUCACGACUUCCCAACGGAAUGGUUGCCAGUUACGUUCUCCAAAGCCACAUUUUGGAACGGAGUCCUUGCAGUAAUUGCUGGGCUCGUUGCUAACUUACUUGCAGGUUUUCUGAAGCUAGGACCUGUUUCACCGUUUCUACUUGCAGUACCGUUGCUUGCUGCCUCCGGUCUUAUUGUCACUAAGAAAUGGCAGGAAAACUAUGGCAACAAGAAAAUGCAAUUGAAAAAAUCAUGCAUCGAUGGUUUAAGACAUAUUGUGAACAGUCAAAGAAUGUUGCUGAUAGGAGCAAUGCAGUCACUUUUCGAAAGUGUUAUGUACAUUUUUGUUUUCAUCUGGACACCAGUCGUUGAUCUGGAUUACCACCCACCACUUGGUGUCGUCUUUUCAAACUUUAUGGUCUGCAUCAUGAUUGGUUCGUUCCUGUACAAGAUUCUGACUGCAAAUCGUGUAAAGCCGUUACAUAUUUUGAACGCUGCUAUAAUAUCAGCGCUUGUUGCAACUGUAAUCUGCAUAGGAUCAACGAAAUCGCAUUAUGAACAGCCUAAAGUGUCUUUUCUAGCAUUUUUAAUCCUCGAGAUUGCUUGCGGGUUGUACUUUCCAUCGAUGGGUUUCUUGCGAAAUGAGAUUCUUCCAGAAACUCAUAAGGUAUCUAUUAUGAACUGGUUUCGUGUACCAUUGAACAUGAUCGCAUGCAUUGGACUAAUGAUUCUACAUGAUGAAGGGUGGAGGAAGGGAACUCGACAUAUCUUCAUCUUAUGUUCGAUACUGCUCAUAUUUGCCCUUCUCUGUGGUUUUAAAUUUUCAAGAUUGUACAAAGAUGAGGAAGUGAAGAAGGAAGUAGAAAGUGCGGCAUAACUGACAAAAUAUUUAUAAUAAAUAAAGGCUUGCUAACUAUUUUUUCCCCUUAAAUUAUUCAGAUAAAAUGUAUGUAUCCAGCUUUUGGUCAUAAGUAAAUUGAAGCAUGCCAUCCCAAAACCAGCAUACUGUUACUAUGUUAAUCUGAUGAGGCAGUAUUGUAUGCUUUAGUACAGGGCAGCUGUAAUACUUGUAAUCAUACUUUGGCAAUACUAAGUUUGACCAGUAUUGAUUCCAGUAUGACCUAUCAUUUUAAAGCUUAUAAUGUGGAGAAUAUAAAUAUUAAAAAUUCAGUUUUCAUUUUUUGGUCAGUGAUGCUGGUUUUAGGAUGGAAGCUAAAGCUAAAGACAAUUUAAGUAAGUACUGUAAAAUGUUUGAAAUGUUCUGUUCAAAUAAUGACAUACUGUAAGGAGAACCUGCAAUAGUGAUUUAUGUACUUUGCUUUCUGUAAUCUUCACUUUUUCAUGUUUAUUUUGUUUGUAUAUUUUUUCAUUGCUUGGAAAUGCACUGUACUGUAAAUAUGUAGAUUGUGUUUUAUUAACCACGUCAACACUUGAUGUACUAUUUUGCUAUUGGUAUUUAUAUAGCACCUGUCCUUUAGGUUACAAAGUGCUUUGUUUUCCCUGGUCAUUGGGUCUACAAGUGUAAGUCUUGCUGCCAUAUAGGCUCAAUAGUAGGCAACCCCACCAGGUACCGUACCGAUUUAUAUUUCUGGGUAGAGAGAAGCAAUGUAAAUAAAGUACAUUUCUCACCACUGCGCUAAACCGCUUCUACAAAUUUUACAGUGUACUCAAAAACAUGUAUUAAUAUAUAUUCAGUUCAGUUAAGAACUUAAUGGGCAUAGGCAGUUUACUUUAUGGCUUAACAUGUAAUCAUCAUUUAAAGCUAAAGAGUAAAUACUGUAUUCUGCAGUAGAAUUUACUGUAUGACCGUUAGACCAAAAAGAAAAAAAAAAAAAAAAGUGUGUUGGCCACGUUUUGGGAAAAUCCAAAACUUUUUUUUCCCUUUAACAACCAAAAAUUUUAGAUUCGUAUUGCAUACCAUCCAGCAAAGUUGGCUAGGCCUUCGCCACCUAGCCUGGCCAAGGCUAUUCCAGUCAAGGAAAAAAAAGCGAAAAUGCUGACCCUGAAUUUCGUAAAAUUUGGGCCAAUUGGGCGUGGCCAACACAAUAUUUUUUUUUUUAUUUGGCCUUAUUGAUUGAUUCUCCAGAGUAAAUUAAAUUUGUAAUUUCAACCUGAAAGAUUUUAUGCAGAAAGCGAUUAGUCACUGACAGCUUGACCCUGUAGUAGGAUAGUUCAUGCAAUGACAAUGGGGCGUUAAGUUCCCGGUUGGACAGACCAGUUUUGUUGGCUUGCUAAGAAAAAAAUUGCGAGUUAUAUUUUCUAAAAGAACUUUAAAAUAGUAUGCGUCCUAGCUGACCUCUAAGUGGAAAAUGUCAUACUGUAUGCUGUUUGACAGCUUUAAAUACUAGUUAAACUGGCAAAUCUUUUGACCUGUUCCGGACUAUACUAAAAGAAAAGUAUGUUCAUAUUGUACCUAACAUUUAUUAUUAUACAAACUCAACUUUAUUUUAAUGGGAACUUACUGAUACUGUAAUACAAAAAGAUGGUUUGUCAAUCUCUGUACUAAGUAACUUAAUAAGAGAAAAAAAACCUCAUAAAUAAAUCAUUAUGAUCACUGAA